AUGCUGGCAGGAGGGCGGGAUGAUGGGGGGGGUGGAGCUUCCAGAACAAAGGAGAAUGGGGAGCCCUGGGGGCCCAGGCUAGGCAUCAAAAAGGCUCUGCAGAGCAAGCAGGCCACAAACCACCCACCUCUGUGCCCAGCCGCAUAGCCCUUGUCUGAUCCCUUCUGCUUGCCUGCUGGGCAAGUAAGCAACACUCUGCUUCUAGAGGCCUUGUUCUCCAGCGUGAUUGCGUCGACACUGCUCUGUGGCUUUCUCUACUUGGCCUGGGUUGCUGCUGAGGUUCCAGAGUUGAGCAGAGGGAUGGCUGCGAGUGGAACCAGGAGCCAGGGAGGCCGCCGGGAGCAUGCGUUCAUCCCAGAGCCUUUUGAUGGGGCCAAUGUAGCCCCAAGCCUCUGGCUGCACCGCUUUGAGGUCAUUGAUGACCUCAACCAUUGGGACCAUGCCACCAAGCUCCGGUUCCUGCAAGAGUCACUCAGGGGAGAUGCCCUGGAGGUCUACAAUGGACUCAGUCCCCAGGACCAGGGAGACUACAGGACUGUGAAGGAGACACUCCUGCAGGCCUUUGGGAGCCCAGAAGCUGCCCACAGCCUCCGGCCCAAGGAGAUUGUGUUUGCCAACAGCAUGGGUAAGGGCUAUUACCUCAAGGGGAAGAUUGGCAAGAUACCCGUGAGGUUCCUGGUAGACUCUGGGGCCCAGGUCUCCGUGGUCCACCCGAGCCUGUGGGAGGAGGUCACCGAUGGCGAUCUGGAUACCCUGCGACCCUUUGAGAAUGUGGUAAAAGUGGCCAAUGGGGCUGAAAUGAAGAUUCUGGGCGUCUGGGACACAGUGGUGUCCCUGGGUAAGCUGAAGCUGAAGGCAGAGUUCCUAGUGGCCAACGCAAGUGCUGAAGAAGCCAUCAUUGGCACAGACGUGCUCCAGGACCACAACGCUGUCCUGGACUUUGAGCAUCGCACGUGCACCCUGAAGGGAAAGAAGUUCCGCCUCCUGCCUGUCGGAGGCUCCCUGGAAGAUGAGUUUGACCUGGAGCUCAUUGAGGAGGACCCCUCCUCACAGGAGGGGCAGCAGCAGCCCUCCUAUUAA